AUGGUAGUCAUGGUGGCGCGGUGUCAUGCAGGAGUGUCACGUUUGGCGCGGUCGCUGCCGCGGGUGUAGUGUCAAGUGUGUGGUGUUUACGCUCUGUUUCCGCCCGCCCGUGGACGCACACGUCUGACGACAGUUAUAUCUAUCAGCUGUCGCUCGUUGUAGCGACAGCUAUCCUAUCUUUAACAGCGAACGAACGUAGCGUAGCGAACGGCAUCCGUUUCGGUCUCUUGUUCGGUUAGGUUCCUAGGGGAUACCAAGCCGGAUUUUCACUUCGUAUACACCAUAUGACUGUUGUGCACAUGAAAACCCUACAUGAUGUUGGUACGUGGCAAACUGCCUCGACAUCCUACUGCUGCUGUGACGAGUCGGUGUCCACUCGUCAUGGUGGUGGCUGGUGCUUUCGUGUGUGUGAGUAUUGUUUGCUCUAUGCGCGUCUUAUUGUUCUGUGUGCGCGACCCGUUGGUUCGACCCGUUGGUUUUGUUGUCCGUUGUGUGUCACGCAUUUGUAUGUGGCGUGUGCUGUUUGUGCGCUGCUUGCCGGGCUUACUGCCGGCAUCUUCCCCUGCCUGAUAUCCUCCCGUGCCGGUACCGAAGGGGCCUGGCAUGUGUCUGANCUGGUGCUUUCGUGUGUGUGAGUAUUGUUUGCUCUAUGCGCGUCUUAUUGUUCUGUGUGCGCGACCCGUUGGUUCGACCCGUUGGUUUUGUUGUCCGUUGUGUGUCACGCAUUUGUAUGUGGCGUGUGCUGUUUGUGCGCUGCUUGCCGGGCUUACUGCCGGCAUCUUCCCCUGCCUGAUAUCCUCCCGUGCCGGUACCGAAGGGGCCUGGCAUGUGUCUGACAUGUUCCUCCGCGGUCGGUCCGCAGUCGGCAGUCAUGGAUACGAAAGAUGCCAUGGAUACGGGGUUGGGAGGUUCCGAGACGUUCCGAGGCUAUUCGAUGUUCUGCCGUGCGGUGACGUGGAGGUCAAUUUCCGCUCGAUUUCCGCCAUCCGUAUGUGGACACAAGUGGGUACAAUUUGGACAAAUGUGGGUCAAAAU